AUGGAUUCUGUACUUGUCCCUCUGUCCCCUGCGAUAGAGCCAAAGUUUCAACAAGUACGUCUCUUACCCCUGGAUAUCCAGGUAGGAGCACUGUUUGCGGCCGAACUGUGUUCAGCUGCCAUAAUCCCGUAUCGUCUCGAAACACGUGGCUUAAGCGAGACAUUUAUUGGUACUCUUGCUGAUAAAGCCUUGCAACUGCCUUCAGAAAUAGGAAAGCCCCCGGUCUACGGUAACCCAUCGCCCAACGGUUACCGAAAGCAUACCAGCUAUCUACAACCCGGUAGCUAUCCUCCAGUGGAUCCCGCCUAUGACACAACUGCAAACAAUGCCCAACCGUCGUUAAUUGGUCCCAUGGUUAACCCCAACGGAAUGGGGAGGGACAUUGGCGACGAAAAUGAGCCUGACGAAAACGAACCUGACGAACAGGAAUAUGGACCCCGAUUCCACAAACGUGGGGGUUAUGGAAAUUUUGGUUCUGCCGGCUUUGGUGCUAUGGACCAUAUGUCAUUUGACGGCUUCUCGCCUGAUACGGAUGCGACCAGUGCGGGGUUCAAUGUUGAUCCCUCAUCUCCAGACAUUGGAAGUCCUGACACAACAGUGGACUUUGACUUGGCUUCACCUGAUACACCAUCAGAAGUCAGCUUACCCUAUCCCGAUGCACCAUCUACUGACUCUCCCAUGAUCAGUGAACCUGGUGUGGCCGGUAUGCCAUCUACUAAAGCCCCUCCGAGCGUUGGUCCACCAUCACCCGGUCCACCUUCUACAGAAGCUCCAGAGAUUUCCGAGCCAUCGUCUCCAGACCCACCCUCCGGUGUAUCUCCUUCCGUCGUAGACCCUUCAACGCCCGAUCCUCCUUCUCUGGAAUCGCCAGAAGUAUGGGAACCUGUUUCCCCUGACCCACCUUCAAACGAUCCGCCCGAGAUCACUGAACCAUCGUCGCCAGAUCCGGUGACUCCCGACGCACCAGAGGCCGUGGAAGUUGUUGCACCCGAAGCUGUGCCCGGUGAAGUCGGCGAAGCAGGCGAAGUAGGCGAAGUUGGUGAAGCCGGUGAAGCUGGUGAAGUUGGUGAAGCUGGAGAAGCCGGUGAAGCAGGCGAAGCUGGUGAGGCGCCAGAAGCAAAGGAAGUGGUUGUCAAGGAAGUUCCAGUGAAAGAAGCCAAGGAAGUCAAGGAGGCUAAAGAAGCGAAGGAAGCUUCUACCAAGGAAGCUAAAGAAGCCAAGGAGGCCAAGGAAGCCGCUGAACCUGUUGCCAAGGAAGUACCGCUGAAAGAAGCUCCAACGAUUGCCGAGAAACCCGUUCCAGAGCCUGCUAUGACAGAGGCAAAAGAACCAUCCGAGCCUGUUACCCAAGAAGCCCCCUUAACAGAAGCACCCACGAUUGCUGAAAAGCCGGUCAAGGAGCCUGCUACUGUCGAAGCAAAAGAAGCCUCCGAACCUGCAACGAAGGAAGCACCUUUGACAGAAGCAAAAGAGGCCAUUGAUCCAGCUACCAAGGAAGCCCCCACAAAAGAAGUACCGACCAUGGCCGAAAAACCGACCAAAGAACCCGCCACAAAGGAAGCAAAAGAAGCCGCUGAACCAGUAACGAAGGAGCCUAGUUUCAAAAAAGCACCUGCAACCGCCAGUCAUUCGGGUAUCCGCAAACUACCUGUAGCCGCCGAUAAUUCUUCCACUGUUAGUCCUGCUGUUCACGGAGCGAAGCAUAAAAAACGUGAGAACGAACCUGACGAAAACGAACCUGACGAAAACGAGAAUGAGCGUCCCGAACGUGGCGAUCGUGGUGAACGUGGACGCGGAGGAGGGCGAGCUGCUCCUGCUGCUGGUGGCGGAGAGAACGAGCGAGACGAAAAUGAACGGGAUGAAAAUGAACGAGACGAGAAUGAGCGCAAUGAGAAUGAGCGCAACGAGAAUGGCCAUCGUAACGUGUAA